GUCAACUACCGUUAGUAGAAACUAGAGAUAUAUAUUAUACAUUUGGACAACCUUUUGUAAUUUCUAUCAACCGAGAAAACAAAGAUGGAAAUUAUCUCAGAAAACUUGUUCUUGCCCUUUUGCUUUAUCCUAUCAUGUUUCUUUAUUAUUGCCAUGGUAAGAUUCCGACGGAGCUCUACCCGAUCCGCCAUGCUGCCUCCUGGACCUCCACCGUUACCGAUUAUAGGUAACAUUCACCAAGUCGGUAAACUCCCACACCGUUCAUUCGCGGACCUCUCGAGAACAUAUGGACCAAUCAUGCAUCUGAAGUUUGGAAGUUUAAACACAGUGAUCGUGACUUCACCAGAAGCUGCGAGAGAGGUUCUAAGAACACACGAUCAAAUCUUGUCUGGUCGUAUGUCUCCUAACACGAUACGAUCCAUCAAUCACCACAAAGUUUCCGUCGCAUGGAUUCAUCCGUCGUCGGCUCGUUGGAGACUAUUGAGAAAACUAUCGGUGACUAACCUGUUCUCGCCACAGCGUAUUGACGCCACAAAAGCUCUGCGAAUGAAAAAGGUGCAAGAGCUUGUGAGAUUCAUGGAAGCAAGCAGCGAGAGAGAAGAAGCUGUUGACAUUUCUCGUGCAUCUUUCAUCACAACUCUUAAUAUCAUAUCGAACAUUCUAUUCUCGGUUGAUCUCUGUAGCUACGGCUCGGAAAAAUCCAAUGGAUUUCAUGACUCAAUUAUUGGAGGCAUGGAAGCUGCUGGGAGCCCAGACCUUGCUAACUUCUUCCCGUUUCUUAGGUUUCUUGAUCUGCAAGGUAAUACCAAGAAGAUGAAGUUAUGUUCAGAGAGGUUGUUUAAGGUUUUCCGAGGGUUCAUCAAUACAAAAACUGCGGAGAAAUCAUUGCGGAAUAAUCCAAAAGAUGCUCCCAACAGCGAUUUUUUGGAUGUGCUACUUCAUGAAGCAGAACUGGAGAAUGAUGAUAUUGAACACCUUCUCUUGGAUAUGUUCGUAGCAGGCACGGACACAACCUCUAGUACCCUAGAAUGGGCAAUGGCAGAGUUACUUACUAACCCUGAAACGAUGGCGAAAGCUCAGGCCGAGAUCGAACGUAUGAUAGGCCAAAAUGGGUUCUUACAAGAGCCUGAUGUCUCAGAAAUGCCAUAUUUACAAGCGGUUGUGAAAGAAACUUUCCGUUUGCACCCAGCUGUUCCUCUUCUCAUCCCACGGAAAGCUGAGACUGAUGUAGAGAUUUUUGGCUUCCUUGUGCCUAAAGAUGCUCAGGUUUUGGUGAACGUAUGGGCCAUAGGACGAGAUCCAGGGGUGUGGGAGAAUCCGAACCAGUUCGAACCAGAAAGGUUUUUGGGUAAAGAUAUUGGUGUUAAAGGCAGAGAUUACGAGUUAACACCGUUUGGGGCUGGGCGGAGAAUUUGUCCGGGAUUGCCUUUGGCUCUGAAGACUGUCUCUCUAAUGCUUGUUUCUCUUCUUUAUUCGUUUGACUGGAAGCUACCAAAUGCUGUCAACAUGGAUGAAACCUUUGGUAUCACCUUGCACAAAGCCAACUCUUUACAUGCGGUUCCGGUUAAAAAGAAUCGCCACUAGCUAAACAUUUGUAAUAGUGUUUUUGGUUAAUAAUGUUUAUGUGUAUUUAAGAAAUUUUAAAAGUUUGUUUUUGUAUUGUAA